GUACACGAAACUUCCAGGACUUUGACUGUCAGGAACAUGACAUAGAAACAACUCAUGGUGUGGUCCAUGUCACAAUAAGAGGCUUACCGAAGGGAAACAGACCAGUUAUACUGACAUAUCAUGACAUUGGCCUCAACCAUAAAUCCUGUUUCAAUGCAUUCUUUAACUUUGAGGACAUGCAAGAGAUUACUCAGCACUUUGCUGUCUGUCAUGUGGAUGCCCCAGGCCAGCAGGAAGGUGCACCCUCUUUCCCAACAGGAUACCAGUACCCAACGAUGGAUGAGCUAGCUGAAAUGCUGCCUUCUGUUCUUACCCACUUCAGUCUGAAAAGCGUCAUUGGGAUUGGAGUUGGAGCUGGAGCUUACAUCCUCAGCAGAUUUGCGCUCAGUCAUCCAGAGCUUGUGGAAGGCCUUGUGCUUAUUAACAUUGACCCCUGUACUAAAGGCUGGAUUGACUGGGCAGCUUCCAAACUCUCAGGCUUGACAACCAAUGUUGUGGACAUUAUUCUGGCUCAUCAUUUUGGGCAGGAAGAGUUACAGGCCAACCUGGACCUGAUUCAAACCUACAGACUGCAUAUUGCCCAGGAUAUCAACCAAGAAAAUCUGCAGCUCUUCCUGGGUUCCUAUAAUGGACGCAGAGACCUAGAGAUUGAAAGACCCAUACUGGGCCAAAGUGAUAGCAGAUUAAAAACAUUAAAGUGUUCUACUUUACUGGUGGUAGGGGACAAUUCACCUGCAGUUGAGGCUGUGGUUGAAUGCAAUUCUCGUCUGAAUCCUAUAAAUACAACUUUACUGAAGAUGGCAGACUGUGGAGGACUGCCCCAAGUAGUUCAGCCUGGGAAGCUCACCAAGGCCUUCAAGUACUUUUUGCAGGGAAUGGGCUACAUACCAUCUGCCAGCAUGACCCGGCUUGCCCGAUCACGAACCCACUCAACCUCAAGUAGCAUCGGCUCUGGAGAAAGUCCCUUCAGCCGGUCUGUCACCAGCAAUCAGUCGGAUGGAACUCAAGAGUCCUGUGAGUCCCCUGAUGUCCUGGAAAGACACCAGACCAUGGAAGUGUCCUGCUAAGCAGAUGCUCCUUCCCUGGACCAUGCAAAUCCAUCCUUCCUCAAAUGACCACUCCAUAAUAUAACAUUUCAUCCAGUAAACUGGCCUCUACUAUCUUUAACUCAUGCAUGGCCACUGAACCUCUCUCUAGUAGCCUGGAUUUAUCAUUCUCUCUGCCCACCCACCUCCUUUUUUGUAUGUACCAAGAACCACUUCCAUGCCAUUACUGUAACAUUCCAACACCUUUAGCUGGUCAGAUCUCCAUAUCUUCUCUUGCCAGCUUUUUCUUGUGCUCCCCCAACUAUGUAUCUGAUAAGAUUCUUUGAUCCCACUUCCAUGUGUUUGCAAGCACGUGUGUCUGUGUUUGUGUGUAUAUAGUUCCGUGAUUUUAGA